AUGUGCGGAAAUCAUUUUUGGAACCCCUUCCAAUUUCGUCGUAUAUUGGCACAUGAGCUCGUCCAUGCGUUUGACUUCGCCCGGGCUAAAAUCGAUACUGCAAAUAUCGAUCAUAUAGCAUGUACGGAGAUCAGAGCGGCUAAUCUUAGUGGGGAGUGUGAGCUAUGGACGAAGUGGACGGACUAUAUAGGGGAAGAUCCACUGGGUGAGUUGGCAACUGUUCCUUACGCGGGACGUGAGGCUCGCUGGCUGUCGCGUGCUCAGCGGAAUCCGCGCUGA